AUGAGUGAGAACUUCCAGCACAGAUCAGUGCAAAGGCAGCAUCAGGAUGAGUGCUUCUCUUUGGAGUCACAGUCAGCCAUCAGUCAGCCAUCCGUCCACACAGGAAGCUCCAAUCAGACACAUUUUCCCCGCCAUAAGGGCCCCGCCUCUCUGAACUACAGACCCUCCCCCUGUCAGUCCAUGUCCUGUGUUUCCCUCCAGAACUGUCUGAUCCGGGUGACGCCUCGCGGUCGGGAAGCUCUGGUGACGGAUUUUGGGCUGGCGAGGGAGGUGGUGGAGCCGCCUGUGAAGGACCCUGGCAGGAAGCUGUCGUUGGUGGGCUCAGCCUUCUGGAUGGCUCCUGAGAUGCUCAGAGGAGAGCCCUACGACCGCAAGGUGGACGUUUUCUCCUUCGGGAUUCUUCUCUGUGAAAUCUUUGCCAGGAUCCCAGCAGACCCAGAGGUCCUCCCCAGAACCCAGGACUACGGGCUGGAUGUGGAGGCCUUCAGCAGGAUGGUUCCUGACUGCCCUCAGCGCCUCCUGCAGGUGGCAGCCAGCUGCUGCAUGGUGGAGUCCUUCCGGCGCCCGGCGUUCACAGAGAUACAGGACCAGCUGGACGAAGCAGGCGAGGGCCUGGAGCCGCCAUCAGAGCCGGAGCUAACGGCGAGCUGAGCGGCGUUUGUUCAGCUGCCUGGAUCAUUGAUGACUAUGUGGACAGGAAGCUGAGAUGAUCAGGAGUUCCUAGAUCCGCCCUGAGCACCGACGCGCCGCCUGCUCUCUGCUUCUCGCUGUAUGUGGGGUUAUCAGAACACGUUUUGGCAGCACCUGGAUGAGCAGUUACACCUGCAGGGAAAUAGAUCUGCCUCAAUCAGACGUCUGAUCCUUUGGCUGCUGUCACGUCUCUGGAACCAAUGAUCCGAUCUGCUGUUUCCGUCUUUGUCUCUAAUUGUCCGCCUGCAAACAGAACCUCUGUCCAGAUGUUCCCUCACAGCUUUAGACGUAAAACGCUUCACACCAAUGAGAAACCAGAGAAACCUUUGCUUUCUUUUUUCAUUUGUAAACUCCAGAGUUACAGAGAGGAUCCAGGACAUUUCUUCUCCAUCCGCACUGAAACGAUGAAAACAUGAGAUGAAUGAUUUCAGGAUUGUUCCAUCAUUGAAGGAAUCCUUUGAAAGCACAUUUCUCCAUAUUCCUCCUUUGUGGAUUUAAAGUUUUCCCAGAGGAAAGUCUAAAAUCAGGUCUCCUAGGCAACCAUGACACCAAAACCAGACAAAGGUUCAUUUCUCCUGCGUCUCCGUUUUUUUCUCUUGAUUUAUUCUCCUUUCAUAAAAGAUUUCAACCAGCUGUAAUAAAAUCCUCAGAUUGUUGGGUCUCUUUGAAAUCAGAGAAAUCUUUAAAA